CCCUCACGCAUCGCCUCCGUCUGGUUCGGCCCCACCGAGGUGUCCACCGCUUGCGCCGUGGCCGUGCUGGCCAACCAGCUUGGCACUGCAAUUGGUUUUUUGUUGCCACCUGUUUUGGUUCCAAAUACACCUAAUGACUUCGAUCUAAUGGCACAUAACAUCAGCAUCAUGUUCUAUGGAACAGCGAUAGUGUCCACACUUUUGUUCUUCUUAGCGGGAGUUGUGUUUGAAGAAAAGCCCAAAUACCCUCCUAGUCACUCUCAAGCAGUCCUGCAAACUAUGCCUCCUGAGGAGUACUCCUACAAGCAGUCAAUUAUAAACUUGUUCAAAAACAUUCCAUUUGUACUUUUACUGAUCAGUUACGGUAUUAUGACUGGGGCAUUUUAUUCUGUCUCCACGCUAUUAAACCAGAUGAUAGUAACUCAUGAGGGAGAAGAAGUGAACGCUGGGAGAAUUGGCUUGACACUGGUGGUGGCAGGAAUGGUGGGUUCGAUUAUUUGUGGUUUGUGGCUGGAUUACACUAAAACAUACAAGCAAACUACUUUGAUUGUUUACAUUCUUUCUUUCAUCGGGUUGCUGGUAUUUACUUUUACCUUGGACCUCGGAUACCUUAUAGUAGUGUUCGUGACUGGAGGAGUACUUGGGUUCUUCAUGACUGGCUAUCUCCCACUUGGGUUUGAAUUUGCUGUGGAAAUUACAUACCCAGAGCCUGAAGGCACUUCCUCAGGUCUCCUUAAUGCAUCAGCACAGAUAUUUGGAAUUGUCUUUACACUUGUUCAAGGAAAACUCAUAACAGACUACAGUGCCCGUGCAGGAAACCUCUUUCUUUGUGCUUGGAUUUUUGUGGGCAUUAUCUUAACAGCCUUAAUAAAAUCAGAUUUGCGAAGACACAAUGUGAAUUUAGGGAUUAUGAAUUUGGAUGUUAAAGCUGUGCCAGUUGAGAGUCCCGUAGAAGCUGAAAGUACUACAUUAAAAAUUCAGUCAGCUUUAUAA